GCCCCGUGGCUGCGGCCGCUGCGCUCCAGGCGCCUCCUCUCAUAAACCCAGUCAGAGCUCACUGACGCUUCCCGUUACUCCCAGGAGAAGAAGCAGCAGAAACCAACGCAAAGCGCACAGCUGGGAAACUCCUGCGACUUUAUGGCAAUCAACUAAAAGGGUAGUCGGCCCUCUGAUAGUUAUUUUUUAUUACUCUGAUUGUGUAUGGAAAGUGCUCCUGGAUGGACCUGGGGGAAAACAGCUGGUCCAUGGUCAAGCGAGAAGUUUCCAGCAGCCCAGGCUCGCCGGCCGAGCAGAGCUACCUGCCCGCUGACAGCAGCAGGAGGGACGGGACCACGCCUCCGAGUGAGCUGGACGUGCUGGGCCACCGCCGCCCGGACAGGUCGCUUCACUCCUACCUUCAUUUCGGACACCACGGCAACGCCACGAGCACCGGCGAGGACAUCCCGCUGUUUACGGACUUGGAUCAAGGGAGCAAGCUCGUCCUCUCCGCCGGAGCGCACAAGACAAGCCUGCUGGUGGACCCCGCAGACAUGUACCAAACUUUGGCCAUCGCCGCCGCCCAGAGCCAGACUGGAUAUGAUUCUUCCUCCGGUGGUUACAUGCACUCCAGCCCUAACUCCCCGGUCUACGUCCCCAGCUCCAGGGUAAACCCGAUGAUCUCCAGCCUCUCCUAUCUGCAGGCUGGCGGCUCUGCGCAAUCCGCGCACGGCGUCUCCAGCCACUCUGUUUGGUCGCAGUCCAACCCGGAGAGCCCAUCGUCCUACAGCGCCGGGAGCCCUCACACCACCAGCCGGUUCCACUACCCCCCUAGUCCGCCUAUGAACAACGGGACCCCCAGGGACAGUAGCUACACAAACACGCUGAAUGUGGGCAGCAGGGACCAGUACGGCCUCUCCCGGCCCCUCAGUGGGACCUAUCCGAACCCAUACUCCCCUUAUGUGACACCGCAGCUACCCUCACCUUGGACCGGGGGACCUUUUGAUAACACCAUGCUGCACACUUUGCAAAGCAGGGGAGCGCCCUUGAUUAGAGGUCCAAACGGAGUUUCAGAUAUCCUGGAGGACAUGGCGGAGAGUAGGGAAUGCGUGAACUGCGGCUCCAUCUCCACGCCGCUGUGGAGGCGCGACGGCACGGGCCACUUUCUCUGCAACGCCUGCGGCCUCUACAGCAAAAUGAAUGGGCUGAGCCGACCAUUAAUUAAACCACAGAAAAGGACGUCAACCUCCAGAAGAAUCGGCCUCUCCUGCGCAAACUGUCAGACAAGCACAACGACCUUGUGGCGCAGGAAUGCAGAAGGAGAACCAGUAUGUAACGCAUGUGGCCUCUACACUAAGCUACACGGGGUACCUCGGCCGCUCGCCAUGAAGAAAGAGGGGAUCCAGACACGAAAAAGAAAACCUAAAACUUUAAAUAAAACCAAAGGAUCUUCAGGCACCAACAACUCUGUCUCCAUGACUCCCACAUCCACCUCCUCAUCCAAUUCUGAAGACUGCUCCAAAACAAGCUCUCCCUCUGCACAAGUCUCAGGGGUCACUUCGUCCGUCCUGCCUGGCUCAGGGGAAGCAACCGGCUCAGGCUCAGUGGUGAAAUACCCGGGACAGGACAGCCUGUACACCAGUGUGGGUUUGACCCAGCCGUCAGAUGUAGCUUCGGUGAGGGGGGAACCCUGGUGCCCUAUGGCUUUAGCCUAAACACUCAAAGUUUUGUGCGUGUGUGUGUGGACAAAAAUCCAUGACCUCUCCUGUUAUGUCUGGACACUACGAUGUGGAUAUAUCUGGAGGAUAGUGUUUGCCCCCCUCCAUUUCCGAAUGCCCCCCCCCCCACCCCAGCCGAUGCAAAAAGAAUCCAACACGGAGGGAAAAUGCGGGCUAGACAAGCACCAGUCAGAGUUUAACCUUGAUCCAUGCAUGGAAUAUCUGGGAUUGGUGCUGGCAUUUUGCAGUCAGUGGCAAUGUCAUGGUGAACAAUCAGUCAGGUGGCGUGCACUGGAUGGUUUUUAAGCCCGUUGUUCACUCUGAUCUCUACUGCCAGUGGUUUUGUAAAGAAAAAAAAAAGCCAUCCUGUAAAUAACGGAUCUCCCCUCCGCAGAAAACACUGCUGAUUGGACAAGAGUGCUUGAUGAAGCAAUGAGGACGUUUAGAUUGUUGUUCUUUUUUUUUUUCUCCCCACAACUGGAAUCAUGCCGUAAGUGCUGAGAUGACUUUGAUGAAUCAAAAUAAAAAAUAUAUAUAUAUUUAUAAAUCUCCAAAUGUUGAGAAUGUGGCUAUGAUUGUUAAUAAAGAUAUCAAUAUAGAGCAGAUGUUAAA